CCUCGCUUUGUGGCGGCCGCGCCCGCGCCAACCGCAGAGCCGCGGGCGGCCCGCCCGCGCCGUGCUGCCAUUGGCUGAGCUCCCGCCCGCGCCGCACGCCCAUUGGCUGAGCGCCCCGGGGGGCGGGGCCAGCCCGCAGACACGUGUGCGCACCCGGAAGUGGCGGCGGGACCGGCCCGGGUUCGGGGUGCGGGUCCGGGUUUGGGGUGCGGGGGGUUCCAGCACCGCCCAGACCCUCCAGGCCAGCAUGAUCCAGGGAUUGGGGCCGGUGCUGCAGGCGGUGCUGGGGACGCUGCUCACCUGGGCCCUGACAGCAGCGGGGUCAGCGCUGGUGUUCGUGUUCUCCAGCGGGCAGAGGCGGAUCCUCGAUGGGAGCUUGGGCUUUGCUGCGGGGGUGAUGCUGGCAGCCUCCUACUGGUCCCUGCUGGCCCCUGCCCUGGAGCUGGCUGAGCAGUCUGGUGCCUUUGGAGCCUUUUCCUUCUGCCCCGUGGCUGCAGGCUUUGCCCUGGGAGCAGCUUUUGUCUAUGGGGCUGACCUGCUGCUGCCAGUGCUGGGGUUCUCUGGCCCUCCCCACGCCGCCCUGGCCCCCAGCUGUGAGCAGAGAGCCACCAAGGAGAAGCAGGAGCAGGACCUGGGCACCCCGUGGCUGCAGAACGAGCUCUCCAUCAGGAUAGACAGGGCAGAGAACGGGCUGCUGUACCAGAGGAGGAGGGCAGUGGGUGUCCCCCUGCCCCAGGGCCCCCCGGCCCCGCCCGACGGAGCCGCCCCGGCCGGGAGCAGCAGCUGGAGGAGAAUCGCGCUGCUGAUCCUGGCGGUGACCAUCCACAACAUCCCGGAGGGCCUGGCAGUGGGAGUUGGAUUUGGGGCCAUUGGAAAAUCCGAGUCUGCCACGUUCCAAAGUGCCAGGAAUUUAGCCAUUGGGAUUGGGAUCCAGAACUUCCCAGAGGGGCUGGCUGUCAGCCUGCCUCUGCGUGGUGCUGGAUUCUCCACCUGGAAAGCGUUCUGGUAUGGCCAGCUGAGUGGCCUGGUGGAGCCCCUGGCUGGGGCUGUGGGUGCCCUGGCCGUGGUGCUGGCCCAGCCCCUCCUGCCCUACGCGCUGGGGUUCGCUGCUGGGGCCAUGGUCUACGUGGUGAUGGACGACAUCAUCCCCGAGGCACAGAGCAGCGGCAACGGGAAGCUGGCCUCGUGGAGCUGCAUCCUGGGCUUCGUGGUGAUGAUGUCCCUGGACGUGGGGCUGGGCUAGGGCGGGGCUGCAGCCCCGGCAGCGUCCGAGCCCGCCCGGAUGGACCCGCACAUGGAACCUGGGAUCUGCCCUGCUGUUGAUUUCCUCUGAUUUUGUCUCUCCCCCUGCCCUGUGAUGGUUUCCAGCACAGGUGGGGGUGGCUGCUCCCAGAUCCUGGUUUGGGUUUCCUCUUGGAAGGGGCUGGGCUGGUUUCUCCAGGGGAAGAAAUCGGGAUUUUGAUCCUCUCUGUUCUGUCAGAGCUUGGGAAUCCUCCCUGAGGCUUUGCAGUGGAGUCUGGAAUUCCAGCCCAUUUGGGAUUUUGAUCCUCUCUGUUCUGUCAGAGCCUGGGAAUCCUCCCUGAGGCUUUGCAGUGGAGUCUGGAGUUCCAGCCCUCAGGGCUGUGGUAAGCCGGGGAUCACAGCUCCCACACCCUGCUGCUCCCCGGGAAUGCUGCAGGGAAUUGCUGUGGAUGGAUGGACACAGCCCGGGCAAAUAAAGAUGAAUUUUCUUGGGAUCUCUGCAAGAGGGAAAUGUCAUUUUCUUUUUUCCUGAAGUGUCUCAGAGGGGCACUGCUCCAAGGUGCUGUGUCCAGUGUUGUGGGGUUUUCUGUGGAACAAACCCCAGGAAAGGAGGGUUUGAGUCCUCUGGGCUGAGCUGUGAGCUCCAGUCCCUGCCUGGCUGCAAUUCCCAAGGGAUUGCAGAAUUCCAGAGCCACGCAGAGCUCCCUGCAGAGCCCAGCCAGGCCCAUCCUGGAGCUGAGCCAGCACUCCAGGACGAAGGCUGAAUCCCUCAGGAUGAAAUUCCUGCCUCUCCUGGUGAUUCCCAAACAUUUCUGCUGGGAUGGAUCCUCCUGAGCCCCCAGGGCUGAUCCAGGCUCUGCCUCCAGCCAGGAGGGAAUUGCCAGGGCUGGAAGAUGCUGCAAAUCCCAGCUGCCCUCAUUCCACCCUCCACAAAAACCCUGAAUCCCCCAAACCCUCCUGUGGGAAUAACUGGGUCAGCUCCUGUCCCUCUGCAAGUGGGGCUGGGAU